GUAUGAUAAGGAAGUGAGACCCUCCCCAUUAAUACUACAACUUUUGAAAAGUGGGCUCUUUUGGAGAGAAAAUGUCUCACCAGACAGGGAUAACAACCUCUCCGGAUUUACAGAAGUUCUUUGCCAAGGUUAAAGAUGGAUCACAGCGGGUGAUAAAAGUAGUCAUCGAAAAUGAGCAACUAGUACUGUCAUCUAAAGCUAAAUCAAGUGGAUCCUGGGAAAAGGAUUAUGACAAUGCUAUUUUGCCGUUGUUGAAAAGCAAACAAGCAUGUUACAUAUUUUAUCGACUUGAUACGACUAAUGCAUCCGGGUAUGAGUGGAUAUUUAUUCUUUAUGUACCAGACGAUGCACCGGUGAGAGAGAAAAUGUUGUACUCCAGUACCAAAGCUACUUUAAAACUACAGUUUGGUGGUGCUCAUAUCAAAGAAGAUAUAUUUGGAACAUCACCAGAUGAUGUAUCUUUCAAAGGUUACUCAGAGCAUAAGGAAUCACAGAAAGCACCGCCACCUUUAACAUUUGCAGAAGAAGAACUGAAGCUGAUAAAGGCCAAUGAAGUGGAUGCUGAUAUUUCAGUUGACUCAAGACAUCAGACAAUGCGGGGUGUUGCUUUUCCAUUUUCAGAUGGUGCAUUGGAGAGUUUACAAGAAUUCAGAGGUGGAAGAAUCAACUAUCUGCAGUUGAGUAUACACAUGCAGCAAGAAUGUAUUCAAUUAGAGCUUGGUAAAACUAUUAAUAUCACAGAUUUACCACAACUUACACCCAGUACAAAUGCUAGAUAUCAUGUGUUAUUAUUUAAACACACACAUGAAGGUGACUACAUGGAGUCAGUAGUAUUCAUUUAUACAAUGCCAGGAUAUUCUUGUCCAAUAAAAGAAAGAAUGUUGUAUUCAAGUUGUAAAAGCUCUGUUGCUGAAGUUAUUGAACAAAGACUUGGUACCGAGAUUGUCAAAAAGAUUGAAGUUGAUGAUCCCAAUGACUUAACAGAGGAAUUUAUCUAUGAAGAAGUGCACCCGAAAAAGACGAUUGUUAAACCAAAAUUUGCCAAGCCCAAAGGACCAGGUGGGAGGGGACCGCGAAGGAUGGCAAAGGGAAAAUAACUGACUUGCAACAAAAUUAUUAUAUUUCGCAUGUACUUAUCCAAUACCAACCUAACAAACCAACAGCAGGGUAUUUAAAUGUAGGGGUUUCAGUUAGCCUUUUUAUGUAUUACUGAUAAUUGCUUGUAACGUGAUUGUAGGCUUUUAAUUAUCCUAGCAUGUUCAGUGUUUAUCAGUGUGCCCUCAAACAGGACUGAUUUUUAGACAUCCUAAGUCAAAAUGACAAAAUCAAGUUUGGUCAGCUUGUAGACAACUUGGGAAAGAGGUCUCUGUAGGGAACAACAGAAGGCGCAAACUAAAAUGCUGAUUCUGAUUUUCUUAGUUUUUCAUUUUUCCAAAUUUACGAUAGCAAGCAGAUUUUAAUGAAUCAAAAGCUAUGAACAAACUAUUUUUACUUAUCAGUUUGUAGGAACAAAGGAUUAAUUUAAUAUAAA